GAUUUAGUUUUGAAUUGUAUUCGUGGCAGAUGAUCAUCUUUAGCAAACAAUAAUGUUGCGAGUGGUCUUGUCAUUCCUUUUCAUAUAUGUGGCUUUCUCAGAGCCAGAAUGCUCUAGAUUCCACUAUGAAGAACAGACUUUAAACAAGAUGAUAAGAGUGGAAAUAGCGACGGAGAAAUUGCAGCUGGAUAUGGCUGCCACGCAGCAGCAGUUGUUAGACGCCCUUCGUGAUCUAAGGGAAGAAACUCAGCAGAUUAAAGAUGACUGGAAUAAUGAAAAAGAAAGUCUGAAUCGCAAUGUGAAAGAAAUGAAAGAGGCGACUGCUAGAAAUAUAUUGGAAUACACUAAGGAGCUGGAAAAACAUAAAGGACUUGCUGUGGCUUUCAGAAGUAAGGACGUUGCUGAUCUAACACCAAGCAGCGGUGACACCCUUGUGUUUAAGACGACGAUGCUGAACGAAGGUCUCGGGUAUGAUAAUACCACAGGGAUAUUCACUGCGCCGGUAGGAGGAGCUUAUAUGUUUACUGUCCAGUUUUGUGUUUACGGCGGAAAAGAUAUGUAUUAUGCGAUAGUUGCUGACAAUGAAGAAAUAAAGAAAGGGUGGUUCUGUGAUAAAAAUUGGAACACCUGUUACUCUGCUGACGCUGUGGCCGUUCUUAAAAAAGGUGCUCGUGUUCAGGUGAAAUGUUCUCACUCUUUCAGUGGUUUAUUUUCCAACACUAAUGCCUGGAAUACCUUUUCUGGAGCUUUUUUGUAGACUCUGUUUUUCUUAAGCAGAUAUUAUAUAUCUGGAUUACAUAUUUUUUAAGCAAGUUACGUACUGAAAAAAAAAUCGAAUGUAAAUUGGUUAAUAAUUCGCCCACGGAUGAAGAAGAAAUAAUAGUAAAUGUUUAAAGCAGGAUCUGUCCGAUUAAUAGUGUUGCUAUAAACUAAAACUACAGCAUAUAUAACAAUUUAUUAUAUACCUAUAUAAAUUCUGUAAAAAAUCGGCUUGUAUUUCACAAUUAAAUAUGAACAGGCAGAAAAUAAAAUUCGUACUGUACCUUUUAAAUUCCGUAUUGUACCUUCCGUAUUGUAUGCUGCCGGACUACUUUCAUUAAUAUGCAUGACCUGACACAGUUCUAUAAAUAGCGCACAUAAAAACUUCACUUAGUUGUUCCAUUUUAACAUCGAUGAACAUUGAAGAUUGCGUACAAACAAAAAGGUAGAGGUAUAUAAUAAAAGGGUCAUUAUAUCAGUAGCUCGCUCCGGGAUUUUGUAUUCGGCUCUCGUGCAUUUUGCAAGCUUGCGCGGUUGUGAGAUCCGAUCUGGCAAAAAUCCACCCGAGCCGAAUAGAGCAUCCCAGAUUGGGCUACUGUUAGAAUAACCCUAUUAUAUCUCGAAUGGUUUUAGAUAAUUCGCAUUGCCGAUCUGCACCAAAGCGACAAGAGAUAAAAGUAAUAUGGAGCCACUUUUAGAUUUUUGUAGCAUUAAUGGUAUGAAAUGUGGUGUGUAUCAAGAGAUGUAGGCAUCUGAAACUUGUUACAUCCAGUUUAAUAUUUCACAUUUAACUAGACACGAAGACAUAAACAAAUUGUGCAUGAUGUAUUUAAAAGAAAAAUGUUCUCUUACUGUAUACAAAACCGAAAGAUAUAUGGCUUUCAAAAAUUUUGAAAUGACUAAAUUUGAAACUCUAUGGGGAAAAUAUAAAAAUCUUUUUCAAGAGUAAUACAUUGAAGUUUUUUCAGUGAAACACAAGGUUAAAUAACUUCCAAAACACUAUAAAACGAUAUAGAAUAUAUAUGAAAGAAUAUACUUGUAAGCUUUUACUGUUGACAUUAUGUUUCUUUUGUAUCACAUAUAAGAUGCCCCCUCUACGUGUCCAGACCAGCCCAGGUUUUUCAUUUUUCACUGUCCUUCGCCCGAAACUUGUUGUUUUUUGUUUUACAUAAAAUAUUUACAAUCACAUAGAAAGUAAACGUUUUUGUUUCGAACUAAAGGCCUUUUUAUCUUCGAAAUGCAGAUUUUGUCUCUAUAUUUUAAGUGAAAUAUUAUCCUACGCAAAAAUGUCUAAAUUAAAUCGCUAGACAACGGAAGAAAGUAUGUAAAAUUUAACAUUAUAAAUGUUAUUUAAUUUAUUAUUUUUAUCUAAAAAAUAAUUUGUCUAAUUAACUAAUAUUAUGCAUAUAAUCUUUUUAUGAAAUGCAUAAUUAAACAGAUUAAGUAAAUGCAUUUUUGUAUAGUUUAGUUGUUAAAUAAAGAUCCACUUAAAUUGUAUAUUAAGAAGGUAUUAGUCCCUAUUAUAAAAAAAAAAAUCCCCAAGAAUUUUGUUACAACAGUUCAUUAGCUAAUAUGAUUAUAUUUUAGUUGUAAUAGCAAUCAUGUAACUUUUUGUAAGAUGUGAUGGGGGAUGGAUCCCCGACCCCCGCACAUCUAUGACGGGGACAAAUAAAUGGGUUACAUCGGUAGCCGAAAUUAAAAAAAUAUUGUGCAUUUUUUUAAUGUUAUUAAUGUAGAUACUUAGUUAUAUGAAAAUUUUCUCGUUCGAAAGUAAAUGAAAUUUCACGAAGGCAUCAAAGACAAACAACUAUUUCUUUGAUAACAGAGAAAACUGUACAAGUGCUCUCCCUUCUGCAAUAAAAGGGAACAUGGACGUGAACGAGCUGUGUCUCUCGAUAGAGAUAAGACUUUUACUAGAU